CACAGUUCACAUGGCGGAUGAAUGGAGACAGACGACCACAGGAAUGGCAAACAGCAGUCGGACCUUUUCUGACGUGAGGAAUGUGAUCCUGUCGGCCCAUAAAAACUCAGGGGCCCAAGAUAAGGUUGGCUUCUAUGAUACCUGGGCUGAAAACUAUGAGCAGGAUGUAGCUCUGCUGGAUUACAGUGCCCCCCUGUUGGCAGCUGAGUGUGUGAGCUCAUUUUUCAGAGGUGACAGAGAGAAGGCCACUGUCCUGGAUGUGGCCUGUGGAACAGGCCUAGUCUCUGCAAAUCUGAAGAAAAUGGGGUUUCGUCAUUUUGUGGGAAUAGAUGGAAGUUUGAAGAUGCUGGAGUUGGCAAAGAAAACUGGACUUUAUCAGCAGCUUUCACGAUGCCUGCUCGGUCAAGACGAAAUUCCUGUUAAAUCCGAAACAUAUGAUAUUGUUAUAAUUGUUGGAGCUCUAAGUGUUGGGCAGGUGCCUUUAACAGUCAUCAGAGAACUCUGGGAUGUUACAAAACCAGGUGGCUAUGUGUGCAUGACUACAAGAGGGAACACCGAUAACCGGGAGUACAAGGCUGAGCUGGAGCAAAUGAUCAGGGCACUCGAGGACGAGCAGAAAUGGAGCCGUGUGACUGUAGUUGAGGUGGAGGAGUGGGAGAAGGCCGUUUCAGAAGAGGACAGCGGGUACAUUCCAGGAGCCAUUUAUUUGUAUCAAAAAGUUUUUAAAUGCAGUCCAUGAUUUUAGGACCACACAAGGGAAACCAAUGACCAAAUAUGAUCAAUAAUCCAUGGAGCUAACCUAAAGAGUUCUUAUUCCACCAGCAGGUGGUGGUAUUUUUUUAGAAACU